CGGGCCGCUAGAGGGCGCCGGACUGCAGCCAUGUUUCUGAUGACCCAAACCAGUCUAGGUCAUGCCCAUUCCAGGAGGUCUCCCGUCUCUCCCUGUCUGCCCUGUGCCUUCCUUCUCCAGACAGACUCACACGAUCCUUAGUCUUGCCGUCGUUACCUUCGUUUCCCCAUUCUCUCGUUAAUUUUCCCUCACUAUACUAUUACCUACCAACUUUCAGAGCCUAGUCAACCUUUCAUUCAAUUCAGUCCUUCGCUGCCUGUCCUUUGUCUUCUCUAUCAAGGAAGGCUUUUCAUCACCUCAAACAAACCAAAACACGAACCGACGCCCGGCUGGCAAAUACCACACAAAGUCAGGGGCUCAUCUAUUGCACGGCGCCAGCGGGCGACCUGCUUCGACACUCACUUUCAACCAACGUCGGUUCCGGAGUCUCCGUCGUCUUGUCAAUCGUAACGACUUGUCUAUCUCCAGAACAUCCAUAAACCCCCUGAAUUAGUCCACAGACGAACAACAUACCGUCGACAACAGGAUUUGACCGAUUUUGUUGACAGGCUCGUGCCAGAAAGAGACGCACAGAACAAGAAGAAAAAUAACGAUAUCAAGAACCUUCGUGUCGGUGACCAAGGGCUACGCAGGUCGUCCCUUCAUCGCCAUACUACAGGUGUUCCGUGUCCUGAGGGUGUCGAAUCGUAUACGACAAAGAAGAUAAACAAACCAGAAAUCAACAUGGUUUUCACAGCGUCCAGCGUCGUUUUGGCGGCAUCCUCAUUGCUAUUGUGGGCUCCAUCUCCCGUGGCUGCCGACAUUGCUUACAACACAACAACAUAUGUCUCCUGUUACUCGUCAAUACCCAAUGACUUCAUAAACAACGGAUCAUGGAUAUAUCAAAGCAAAGGGUACUGCCAGCAUCAAUGUGUCCCCUUGGGAUAUCCUGUGAUGGCCAUGACGAAUGGAAAUGAGUGCUGGUGUGGUCAUGAAUUGCCUGCAAAUUCGACUCAAUCUCAAGGGUGUGAUAAGACUUGUGUCGGUUAUAGUGACGACGGCUGCGGCGGGAAGUCUGCAUUCGAUGUCUAUCUAACUGGUUUUCCCAUGGAUGACUCAUCUUCAGAUACCAGCAGCAGCACUACUAGUUCCGCCACUACCUCCACCACCGCUGGAGUCACCGUCGUUACACAAGCAGGACAAACCAUUUUUAUCACAGCAUCUAGCGAACCCUCCGCCUCGUCCAAGUCAAGCGGUACGAAUACCGCCGGUAUUGCUGCGGGUGUCGUCGUAGGUGUUGUUGUAUUGUCAGCAAUCAUUGGGGCUGCGGUAUUCUUCCUCCGACGUCGGCAGAAACAACGCGUUGAAGAGGAGUACAGACGGAACGCUGAAAUCAAUGCCUUUGCUCAAAAACCAUCAUCAAUGAGUUCAGAUGCUCGAUGGGAUAGCGAUUUUAUGGCUCAACGACGCCAAAGCAAUGGCAGCAUUGCCGAUUCCCAGGACUUUUCGCGACGCAUUCUCCAGGUCACCAACCCCGAUCGCUGAAUGCUAUCACAAAUAAGUGCGUCCUCUACUACGAUUUUAUAAUGUCUACACCAAAACAAUACUGGAUCAGUAAAUCGAUCGACCUGUCUCAGCUGUUUUGUUCUCGCCGUCAUUCAGAUGCUUUUUUUCUGACUUUCGGCUCUCGAAACCCACCCUCCUUUUUCGUGUCCAUACAUCGACAUAAGUUCCUUCCUUUGACCACGACAUAUCGCCCAACUCAUCCGAAUUACGAAUAUUGCUGUCUGCAGGUUCCUCACUUUGGCGUGCUUUUCUUUCCUUUUAUUAUUCCGAGUCUUUUCUGGGCGUGAUGGGUUGCGGGCAUGUAAAUAUAUUCAGUUUUUUCUUCCUUUAUUUGUUUGAAAUUGUGAGCUUUUCGAGAUCUUGGAAAACAUUACUGCAAUGACCUGGCUUGGGAGAUUUAUUGAGAUUUUGCUUUUUUAGGGAAAGGAGGAAUGGACACGCAAGUGAGGUCUUGGAUAGGGAAGCCAAGACAUUACUGUGAUUAAUUCAGAUGUGGAUUAAGAAUUAGCAACGAUGCUGCAAUGUAUUGAUUGUAUCUUG